UUAAGGAAAGAAAGAGGUGGUUCAAAAACCGGUCGAUUAUGUGAGAAUUAUCGCAAGAUUUUUUAGGAAAGACAAAAAAAAAUAACAACGAUGAGUAAUUUGCCAGUUGCCUCACGUCUUAAAGCACCUACAAGUAGGAUAGCUAAGUCAGGAACGGCGAAAUCUGAGGCAGUGACUGCGCCAAGAACAAGUGGUUUAAAGCCUCCUUCGUCUUCAGCUGAAACUCCUCAGAAAAGUGGACUAAAACAACCUCUUUUAAAACGAUCUACUGGAGCAGCAGAAGCACAAAAGUCAGAGAAAAGAAGUGCUUUGCCAACUACAAAUUCUACCGGGUUGUCAACACCACGGACUAAACAAAACGGCACGCAAAGUAAACUGAAAUCUGGCAUACAACCCAGAGGUGUUUCAAGUGAAACUACUCCUUUGAAACGAGACAGUUUAACACCACGGGAUGGCUCAAGUACAAACUUAAAACGACAAUCAUCUAGCUCCCAUAGUUCUUUAAGUAAGGAGUCACCGACUCCAAGUCCGAUGCUUGCGAGAGAAAAAACACAAGAGUCUAUAAAAGAUGAAACUACUGGGAUUUUAUUUAAAGUUGGCGAUCGUGUUUUAGUCGCUGGCUCGAAAUCAGGGGUCAUCGAAUAUUUAGGCGAAACAAAAUUUGCAAAAGGCCUCUGGGCUGGAGUUAAACUUGACGAAGCUGGUGGUAAAAACGAUGGAUCUGUUGCAGGUGUUAGAUAUUUUGACUGCGAACCUUCACACGGUGUGUUUUCAAAGCCAAACAGGUUACAUAAAAUCAAUAUUGUGCCGAAAAAUUCAACAUCAGAUCACGCGAUUUUGGAUGAUUCUAGUACUUUAAAAAUCGGUGAUCAAGUCAUUGUUAGCGGCACAAAAGUUGGAGUUUUAAGAUAUUUAGGACCAACUGAAUUUGCCAAAGGCGAGUGGGCAGGCAUUGAACUAGAAGAAGCUCUUGGGAAGAAUGACGGGGCGGUUGCAGGAACGAGGUAUUUUACAUGCGAGAUGAAAUACGGAUUGUUUGCACCCUCAUCCAAAGUUACAAAAUCGAAGAAAAAAGUCCUAUCUAAGAAACCUUUAAGUUCUCCUGGUCCAUCUCUUGACAUUGCAGCUAAAAUGGUGUUUAAUAGGACAUCUUCAAUGAACUCAGAUGUUUCUAACAUAACAUCAGUUUCUGCAGCGGCAGCACCACACCCUGGUUCACCAACAGAGAAGGUUGUGCCACAAACAAAUGAACUGGCCACUUCAAAUGAGUCUCUUCAUUCAGGUGUGAAAAAAACUCCUUCAAAUUCUCAACAAGUGGCUGCAUUACAGAGUGCUCUUGAGGAAAGAGAAAGGGAAAUCCACAAAAUGUUGAUGGAGAGAGAGCUUGAGAAAGAUGAAAAACUGAAAGGAUUUGAAUCAAGUGGAAAGGGCAAUGGCAAUGAAUUCAAUGAUAAGUUGUUGAAAGAAAAAGACGAGAUCAUAAAUGCAUUAAAAGAUAAUCUCGCAAAGGCAACCAAAGAGAAUUCUGAAACAAGAGCAAAACUUGAUGAAGAAAAAAAAAAAUAUGAAGAUUUACAAUUUAUGUUGGAAGAAGAGAAAAUUACUGACGAUGAGUUAAAGAAUCAUGUGAGACAGGAUGAAGACAAGAUCAAAGAGCUCUCAACACAAUAUGAAGAACGAAAUAUGAAGAUCAAGGAAUUACAAAAGGAACUGAGUGAAGUGCGUUCAGACAAACUGAGCAACGAAGCCAAGAUGUUGGAACUGAGAGAUCAACUGGCUGAGUCUAGAACAAGCUUUCAAAGUCUUAAAAAAAACAUGGAUACCGAAGUUGAAGAAAAUGAUCAGAACCAACAGCUGGAAACAUCUUUAGAAAUCGUGAAAAAAGAAUUGUCGAAAACGAAGAAAAUCUUGGGUGAAAAGGAAAACAAAGUAGAUGAACUCGAGAGAAAGUUGACUGAACAAAUGAAUAAACAUGAAGAAACGCAAGAACAGAAUAAAAAAGAAAUGAAUCAGAAACUAACAGCUGCUGAGAAUGAGAGAAAGAAAGUAAUUGAAGAUUACGAGUUGAUGAAGGCUGAGAAAGAACGAUACAACGAAGAACUCGUGAAAACCAAGCGAGAAAAAGCUGCAGUUGAAAGCAAUCUUCAACUAAAUGAAGAGAAACUUGAAGCUUCAGAGAAAAGAUACAAAGAUAUAAUGGAGGAAAAUCUUCUUGCUUCAAAUCAGAAAGAUGAAGCUAGUAAAAUUGCUGUUGUGAAUCUGAAAACAAGAAUCGCUGAACUGGAAGGCGAACUGCUGGAGUCAAAAACCAAAACCUCUCAACUCGAAAACAACAUGGCGUUGGAAAACGACAUAGCACAACAAAAAACAAAACAGCUUGAAAGCCUUCUGGCAAAUACCAACAAAUUACUGGUCGAGACCAAAGAAGACGCUAAUAAGAAAACACAACUUGUAAAUGAUUUGGAAAACAAGUUGAAUACUCAGUUAACACGGCAGAAAGAAAUCGAGAAAGAAGUUGAGAGUUUGGGUGAGGCAGAUAAAAAUUUAACGUUAAUGAAAGAGGCUCAUCGGUCCGAGGUCGAUGCUUUGGAAUCGAAAGUGGCUUCGCUCGCGAAAGAUUUAAAAGACUUGCAAAAUAAACAAAAAAUACUGACUCAGGAUCAUCGGAAUGAACUUACGUUGGUGGAAACUGCUAGAGACGACGAAGUCAACAAACUAAAAGAGAGAAUGCAUUCAAAUGAGAUUGAACGUGGUAACCUUGUAAAGGAAUGUGAGACGUUGAAGUCUGACAAAAAUAAAACGAAGGAAGAACUCGCAAAAAUACAACAGGAACAUAACACUAUACAACAAAACAAUAAUACCUUAUCACAGAAACUGAAAGAUCUGUCAGAGAAAUGCGAAGAACUGUCUAAAGCUAAGCUUGAAAUUACGACAGAAAGAAAUGAUGCUAUACAGCUUUGCGAGGAGCAAGACCGACAACUGGAGGUAUUCAAGGCUGACAACGAUAAAAUGACUUCUGAGAAACAAUCUUUAACGAAAGAUCGGGAUAAUCUUUUAGUGGAAAUUAUUUCUCUUGAGACGCAGAUCGAGAAUCUGAACUCGGAUUCUAGCCAAAAACAGGGACAACAGCAGAAAGCGAUGCAGUCAGAAAUUGCCGCCUUAAAGUCUAAAUUAGACGAAGUUAAGAAGCAUAAUGUUGAGAAGGUGAAUACUUUAACCGAAGAGAAAGAAAAUUUGGAAAAUCUUCUUGCGAACAAAACUAACGAAAUCAAGAGGUUACUUGGCGAACAAUAUAAAAUGCAAGAAAGAUCGCAGCAGUUGGAGGGUCAAGUUAGCAAUCUUAAAAAGAAAAUGAGCGAUGCUGCUGAAAACGCUACGAACAAAACAGAGAACCUUAGCAACGAGAUUCUGAUUUUGAAAGAUGAUUUUGAGGAGGCGAAAGGCGCUCUCAAGCAGAAAGAAGAUGAGAUCAGACUUUACAAAGAACAGAUUGAGAAGAUGGGAAAUGGAGAGUUUCCAAAAUCCCCAAUGGAUGGGGAUAUUUUAGAAAAUGCCUCAGCUCUGAUGCUACGGUUACACGAAGCAGAAUCCAAACUUGCUGUGGUUCAAUCUGAAAAGGAAUCUGCAGAGGAACAGGUGGAGUUUUUGAAUUCUAUUAUCGUCGAUCUUCAGAACAAAAAUCAGAAAGCAAAUCAAACCAUUGCACUUUUGGAAGCUGGAGACGAAGCUAUACUACUUCAUGGUCUAGAGUCUGAAAGUGAUGAUGAGCUGAUGGUAAAACCCAAGUAUGCAAUGCGAACAUUUUGUGACAUUUGUGAUGUGUUUGACCAACAUGAGACAGACGAAUGUCCAUUGCAAGAAGGUGGUGAUGACAGUGGCGGAGUGCAACAUCAUGGUGACAGGAACCAUGAGAGACCAUACUGUGGUAUAUGUGAAGUCUUUGGUCACUGGUCAGAGGACUGUAAUGAUGAACAGACAUUUUAAGAAGUCGAGAUGCAAGAAUUAGAAUAUUCCCCGAAUAUCUACACACAAAUGUCGGGCUGUUUGGUAUUUUAUUUUUAUAAAAAUAUAGUUAGAAAUAUGUAAAUAUAAACUAUAGGACAAUUGACAGGAACUAUGAGAAGAGCUAUGAUAUAAUAUUUGUAUGAAAGAUGACGCGGAACCGUCUCGAGUCCGACCGGCGACGACCCGAGACCGGACGUUCAGCGAUGAUAUUGGAUGUAAUGAAGUUACCAAUUUAAUAUCGAGAAGAUGUUACAUUCGUUGGUUUGAAACAUGGAUGUUAUUAUUUAUUGCUUGCUUGGCCAGACAAUAUUAUAUUUGAACCUUAUCCUGUGAAGUAUAUUCGCUUAUAGUCUAUCUAUUUAAC